AUGAUGAGCUUCGAUGGUGGCACAGCUUACGCCGAGUCCGACGCCGACGACGAAUACGAGCGAAGCAUGGGCGACCACUCUCCUAUCACCAACUCUGAGCAUUCCCCCAUAGACUCCGAGCUCUCGACCUCCGCAGAGCAUACUCCUACUACAUACGGCCACCGCAGCAGCGCCGACCGUCUCCCAGAAACCAUCAUUACCGAAUGGACUGUUGAGGAAUGUGCUGAUUUUAUUGGCACCAUUGGUCUUCAACAGUAUGCCGAUCGCUUCAUAGAAAACGAGAUUGUUGGCGAGGCCCUAGUAGCGUUACAACAUGACGAUCUCAAGAGCAUGGGCAUUGCUAGCGUGGGACAUCGCCUAACGAUCCUCAAAAGCGUAUAUGAUGUCAAAAAGGCUCAAGAUGUCCCUAUUGAGAGCGACCAUUACCUACCCCUAUCCGCCGACGCCGAAGCGCAAUAUGCUACCGCAACUAUCAAGGACAUCAAACAUCUCGUCGAACAAUUCCGUCUCCGCGAUGAACGCAUGAACCUACUCGAACAGGAUCUGCGACGAAUGACAGAAGAUUUCAGGCGAUUGCGAGAGGAUAUGCUCCCGGCCUUGCGCUUGGUCAAGGAUGCGCAGCAACCAUUGCCCAACCUGAGUGGUAACAGCCAGCAGGCCUACGGCUACGAAACAACCAUAUCGCCCCCCGCACCAACACCACCCCCAGGCUCGAGUCAAUCUGGAAGCUCGGUCAAGCGACAAUAUUCUACCCGCAAGAUUCUUAUCGGAGCUACACCAAAGAAUGCAUCACCCACUCAAUCUACGCACGAAAGGUCGAUAGCGGAGACUGCGUUGGACCCCGCAAGUGCUGCAGAGCGAGCUGUCCUAUCGUCUUCCCAUCUUGCAGCUAUGAACGGAGGUGGCCAGGGCUCGUCCUCCCCUUCGUAUCCCUCACCCAACAUACCCUCCCCGACAUCUCCUCAGACCCACAUGUCCGCUACUACCCUCGCCUCUCGAUCCUACCGCAGUGAAGCACCGACACCCUCCACACGAACCACCUUCAACGACGACGGUCACGCCAACGCAGUCUAUGCCUCCCGCGAAAAGGCACCGCAAGGGCCGCCCCGCCGACGAGAAACCCCUGUACCUGAUACACCCAGUCAGAGCAAUGCUUCAGUCGAGAUUUUCAAGUCUUUCCGUGUCAGUAUGGAAGAUCCUUGCUACAAGGUUCUUCCUGCUGCACUAAAAAAGUACCAGAUCAACGCUCCAUGGGACCAGUAUGCUCUCUACAUUGUGUAUGGUGAUCAGGAACGUUGUCUGGGUCUUGAGGAGAAGCCAUUGAUUCUGUUUAAGCAACUGGACAAGGAAGGCAAGAAACCCAUGUUUAUGCUACGAAAGACAACAACAGCACCUUUAGAUGGAGAGCCAGGAAGCGCAGGGCUGGGCAGCACCUCAAGAGGAGCUCCAACAGGCUACGAUCCCCCAGGAGGCAUCAUCUAA